AUGGCACCCACACGUGCCACACUUGUGCUAACCAUGUCCCUUACUCUCGUGACAUUGUCCAUAGCCCAAGCCCCCUCCCCUGCACCCAUCAUGGCCCACACUCCUUCUCCCGUAUCACUCCCACCAGAAAGCCCAAGUCCAAGCCAGAGCCCGAUCAUGAGCCCAACUCCUAGCACUACAAUAGCUUUCCCUCCUGCCCUUACCCCUGAUUCACCAUCACCUACUCCGUCACCGUCCACCGCAGAAUCAUUUUCUGAUAAUCCAGUAGCCUUACCGAGCAACGCGGUGAUUCACAGAAACAGCUUUUUCAUGCUACCACUCAUUGCUGCUGCUCUGCUUAUUUCUUAA